AUGGGCAGGUCCUUUAGAGAACAGGUUAGUGAAGAAGCACAUACUUCAGAUACUAUCAAUGAUCACAUUAUGAAUCUAAUUGAUCUUGUCCGAGAGUAUACUCUUGGUUGUAGUAACUUGAAUUGGAACCGUAACAAGAAAGAUGUUAGUUAUCAAUUGGAAGAUGCAGAAAAAGAUUUAGAUGAAUACUUUGAUUUUUGGAAUCCACUUGCCUUUGGACAAUACAAAAAACUUAAUUACAGAGCUACUAGAAAUUUGGUACAUUUAGAAUUGGCAUCAGUUAGAUAUGAAAAAAUUCCUACAAAUGAGGAAAAUGUUAUAAGACUUAUAAAUGAUAGAUGGAUAUUGAUUGACUUUGAGGAAGUUGCUAAAAUUGGAGAAUUAAGACUUGCAUUAAAUAUUGCAGCUCCAGAAUAUAUGGAUGGAGAAGAUUUAUGCUAA